ACCAGCGACACGAAUCUGGUGUCCUUACAGAGCCACUCCACCCUGAGCGCCAGCACCUCGCUCUACUGCAUCGGUCAAUCAGACCAGCUCGUCAUCUGCUGGGACAUCAGAGAGGAGGUGGACGCCGGCGACUGGAUCGGCAUGUACCUCAUCGACGAGGUUCUGUCAGAAAACUUUCUGGACUAUAAGAGUCGUGGCGUGAGCGGCUCCCACAAAGGCCAGAUCGUGUGGAGAAUCGAUGCCAGCUUGUACUUUAUGGAGGCUGAGACCAAGGUUUGCUUCAAAUAUUAUCAUGGUUUGAGUGGAGCGCUUAGAGCCACGACACCGAGCGUGACGGUGCGAAACCCCUCUGCCAAUGCGCUGAAGCCUGUCAUCAGUCAGGAGCUUCCUCAGACUCUGGGCAGCAGGAGGCUCAUCAGCUUCUCUCUGUCAGACAUUCAGGCAGUCGGUCUGAAGAAGGGAAUGUUCUUCAAUCCUGACCCAUAUCUGAAAAUCGCCAUCCAGCCUGGAAAGCACAGCAUCUUCCCUGUGCUGCCUCAUCAUGGUCAGGAGAAACGGUCAGGCAUCAUCUGCAACACGGUCAACCCCGUCUGGAAGAGAGAGCGAUUUAACUUUGUGUCCCUGCCGACGGACGUUUUGGAGAUAGAGGUUAAAGAUAAAUUUGCCAAGAGCAGACCCAUCAUCAAACGCUUCCUGGGAAAGUUAGUUGUGCCUGUACAGAGGCUGCUGGAGAAACAUGCUAUCGGGGAUCGUGUGGUGAAUUACACUUUAGGCCGACGGCUUCCAACAGAUCAUGUCAGCGGCCAGCUGCAGUUUCGUUUUGAGAUAACUUCAUCGAUUCAUCCAGAUGAUGAGGAGGUGUCCCUCAAUGCAAUGCCAGUCUUUGAUACGACACCUGACCAGCAGCCUGAGCAGGAGCUCAACGAGGACCUACCACCUGCUUCUGAUCUGCCUCUGGAGGACGCAUUGAGUUUGGGUCCUGACAUGCUGGAGCUGCCUGCAGAAAGUCCUCCAGAGGUAGAGACCCAGGAUGCCAUGCUGCUUACCUCUCUAGCUGAGCCCAGUAAGGAUACCCAACCAGAAGCAGAAGGAUCAGCUGAUGAGCUUGUAACAGCUCGAGGAGAGACACUAUUGAGUGAUGCCACUCAAGGAGAAACUGCGGAUCAAGACCCUGGAAAAACAGAGUCCGAGGAGAUGCAGGAGGAAACUGUGGCGGAGACUCUUUUAGAGGUCCUGGAGAACCAUGAAGCUGAAAACAUGGGUGGACCAACUGGAAUGGGACCUACUGGAGAGCAUGCAGAGGUUGAGGGAGGCACAAGCUCAGAGCGGGUUGACAUGAGGGUGGAAAGAGAUGGGAAUGAUGAAGAACCCUGCUCGCCAAGGAUGCGAAGUGCCUUGAAGCGCAAGAGCCGUCCCUGUUCACUUCCCGUGUCCGAGUUAGAGACGGUCAUCACCUCGGCCUGUGAGGAACCAGAGACGCCACGUUCUCACUACAUCCGCAUUCAUCAUCUGCUGCACAGCUUGCCAUCAGCUCAGUGCCACAAUGACAGCCAAGAUGAAGACGAGGUACUUGACCCAGAAUCUUCUGAGGAAUUCACUGUGAAACCCCAAGAGGACAAAGAGGAAGAAGACGAGGUGUCUGAAGCACAGUCUCCAUCCAUCGUGCCCGAGUGUCCUAGACCUUGUUGCAGGCGUACCCUACCACGUAGCCUCUCCAUCGAGCGCCUGUCCGAACUCAACCAACUUUUGGAGUGCGAAAGGCCCUCAUCUUCCACCCUCCGACUAGAAAGCGAACACGUGGAAGUGGGUGGUGGAGGCGUAAACAGAAGGGAACCUCGAGAGAGUGAGUGCGAACUGUGUGACAAUUCCUGCUACAGCACUUCCUGUUACAGCACAUCCUGUUACAGCACUUCCUGUUACAGUAACUCAGGUUACGAGGGGCGUAACCACCUUUGCAGCCAUACACGCCUCUCUUCGGUUGACAGCACCCGCCUGUCGGAGAGCACAGUUUUCUCCUCGCAGGAGGAAGAGGAGGAGGAGAACAGUGCUUUUGAGUCGGUCUCGGACUCCAUGCAGAGCCCAGAUAUAAGGGAGCCAGGAGACGGGUUGGUUCAUUGGAGGGAGUCGUCAUCAGAAGAAAGUCCCCAGAGAGAAGGGGAGGGGGAGAUGUCACCAGUACCUGGGUCUAGUUUUAGGUCAUCAGGCAGUUGUCAUAUGCAAUGCCGUCAUCAUGCAAUCACUCAUCUUCCUGCUUUGCGGCCUGAUCCCCAUCAUCACCCAAGUGUUGAUGAACCAUUACCACCAAACUGGGAGGCCAGGAUAGACAGUCACGGCCGUGUUUUCUACGUGGAUCAUGUGAACCGCACCACCACGUGGCAGAGGCCCAGCCAUGCAGCCAAAUGCAGCAGCAUCCAGAGAUCCGGCUCCACUCACCAGAUGGAGCAGCUCAACCGGAGGUAUCAGAACAUCCAGAGGACGAUGGCCACAGAAGAUGAACCGGCUGCUCGUGUAUCUGAGAGAAACAGCGGUGGAGACACAGAUAGUGAAUCCACACCACAAGCUGCAGAUCAGCGAAGGGAAGGUCCUUCAUCUCCUGUGAAUAAUCAGAGCGUCACACUGCUGCUCCAGUCUCCAGCCGUGAAGUUUGUGGCGCACCCAGAAUUCUUCACUGUCCUCCAUGCUAACUACGGUGCGUAUCGGAUUUUUACUAACAGCACCUGCCUGAAGCACAUGAUUCUGAAAAUACGGCGAGAUGCUCACAACUUUGAGCGAUAUCAGCACAACCGUGACUUUGUCACUUUCCUCAACAAAUUCGCCGAUACUCAGCUGGAGCUCCCGAGAGGCUGGGAGAUCAAGACAGACCCGCAGGGCAAGUCGUUCUUUGUGGACCACAACAGUCGUGCGACGACCUUCAUCGACCCCAGGAUUCCCCUUCAGAACGGACGUCUGCCGAGUCACCUCACACACAGACAACACUUACAGAGACUGCGCAGCUACAGUGCCGGAGAGGCAUCAGAAGUGUCCCGAAACAGAGGAGUGUCUCUGCUCAGCAGACCUGGAAACGGUUUAAUAUCAGCUGUCAGGAAUCAAUACCAGCCCGAUUCAGUGCCUCUAGCUUACAAUGAUAAGAUUGUGGCUUUCCUGCGGCAACCGAACAUACUGGACCUGCUGCAGGAACGACAGCCGAGUCUCGCCAGGAAUCACACACUCAGGGAGAAAAUCCAUUACAUCAGAACUGAAGGUCCUCAGGGCGUUGAAAAGCUGUCCUGUGACGCAGACCUGGUCAUGCUGUUAAGUCUUUUUGAUGAGGAGAUCAUGUCGUAUAUCCCAUCUCACUCUUUCCACCCCGGCCUCAGCUUCUCUCCACGCUGCUCUCCCGGAUCCUCGCCUCAGAGUUCACCGGGCUUGCAGAGGGCCAGAGCGCCUGCUCCGUACCGCAGAGACUUUGAGGCAAAGCUUCGCAAUUUUUACAGGAAGCUGGAGGCUAAAGGCUACGGCCAGGGACCAGGAAAAAUCAAGCUCAUCAUCAGAAGGGAACAUCUACUGGAGGGCACCUUUAAUCAAGUAAUGGCCUACUCACGCAAAGAGCUCCAGAGAAACAAGCUCUUCAUCACCUUUGUAGGGGAGGAAGGUUUGGAUUACAGCGGCCCAUCGCGGGAGUUCUUCUUCCUGUUGUCUCAGGAGCUGUUUAACCCCUACUACGGUCUGUUUGAGUACUCAGCCAAUGACACGUAUACGGUGCAGAUCAGCCCCAUGUCUGCAUUUGUAGAGAACCAUUUGGAAUGGUUCCGUUUCAGUGGCCGUAUUUUGGGUCUGGCUCUGAUCCACCAGUAUCUGUUGGAUGCUUUCUUCACUCGACCGUUCUACAAGGCCCUGCUCAGACUAGUGACAGAUCUGAGUGAUUUGGAAUACCUGGAUGAGGAGUUCCACCAGAGCUUACAGUGGAUGAAGGACAACGAUAUCACGGAUAUCCUGGAUCUGACUUUUACAGUCAACGAGGAGGUCUUCGGACAGGUGAUAGAAAGGGAACUGAAGUCGGGAGGCUCCAAUAUCCAAGUGACGGAGAAGAACAAGAAGGAAUACAUUGAGCGCAUGGCUAGAUGGAGGGUGGAGAGGGGAGUUAUGCAGCAGACCGAAGCCCUUGUAAGAGGUUUCUAUGAGGUCGUAGACUCCCGCCUGGUUUCAGUGUUCGAUGCUCGUGAGCUGGAGUUGGUCAUUGCAGGGACGGCCGAGAUCGAUUUGAACGACUGGAGAUCCAAUACAGAAUAUAGAGGGGGUUACCAUGAUGGGCACGUUGUGAUUCGUUGUUUCUGGGAUGCGGUGGAGCGCUUCAAUAAUGAGCAGAGGUUGCGCUUGCUGCAGUUCGUGACGGGAACGUCCAGUGUCCCCUACGAGGGUUUCGCAGUGCUCCGUGGGAGCAACGGCCUGCGGCGCUUCUGCAUUGAAAAGUGGGGAAAGAUUACCUCUCUACCAAGGGCGCACACAUGCUUCAACCGUCUGGAUCUGCCUCCCUAUCCGUCGUACCCUGUGCUGUAUGAGAAACUUCUCACCGCUGUGGAGGAGACCAGCACCUUUGGUCUGGAGUGAAGAAGUGAGACUUGAUUUUAAAUUUUUUUUUUUUACUGCGAAAACAUUUUCAAUAACUCAGUCCAUGAGAGACUUUUUAAACUUCAUCUGAGAAUUUUGUUUAAAAUAACUUGAAAUAGCAUGUUUCUGCACUAAAAUCUAAGAUAUGUAGUACUUUGUGGGAGUGUGGGGUCAGAAGCAUCAUGUAUGCAAUAAUGAAAACCUUGCUGCAGCCUAUUGCAUCCUACUCAUGUUUGUCCUUGGCAUCAUGCUAUUGGUUAGGCAUCAGUACAUCUCCUUUCUGAUUGGAUAUUCCCUAAAAACGUGGUAAAGUGUAAUUUUCAACACCUGGCUAUGUUUGAAACGGAAUACUAACAUAUUGCUUACUGAAUACUGCACAGUAUAUACUGUACUUAAUACUGCCCACAUUUAAAGUUCUGUAGUAUGUGAACCAUAUGUAACAAAUGAACACUUCCAAGUGCAGUAUGCAAUGUAGUUGUCACACGACCUCAUUACAUUGCAUGUUUAAAAAUUAUGUGUCGCCCACUUUUCAUAUCAGAAAUAAAAGUUGUUUUGCAUUUUAAUGUGUGAAUGAUCACAUAAUAAGUCUAGUUUUGGUAUUGCAUUAAGUAGGCACAUUGCAUUAUGGGAUACAAUACUCUAGAUAUGUAAAACAUCAUCUAGGUAUUGUGUGCAUACAGAUAACAUUUAUGCUGUGCAUGUUAUGAAUACUGCAUAAAUAGUAUGAAUAGUAUGCUAGUAUGCUAUUCUGAACAUAGCCGCUGAGCAAACCUGAGUUUAGGAGGGAUAAAUUAACAACACAUUUUCAUUUUUGGGUGAACGGUCCCUUUAAAUCAAAAUCAAAGUUUAAAAAUUAAUGCACAUGUCAUCGGCUGAACUCCAAACCACAGCAACUGUUUGCCUUUACAUGAUUCCGAUUAACUGUUUUGCCUGAUUUAAUCACGUGGCUCAAAUACUGUUGAUAAUGUCAUUAAAAACGGAUUAUGUUUUUGGAGCAGAAA